AUUUUGAACAAUGGGUCAAAUCUGGUGCUUUCCCCUUUUAGAUAAGAAUGAAGAAACAUCUGUUAAAAAAACAAUGAAUAGAUCGUUUUUUCAAUCAAAGCUUUCUUCUUUAAUUAGUCAAAUUAAUUAAGUAGUGAAUUUUUAUAGUCAAUUUAUUAAUAGCUGCAAUGACUAAACCUUGUGCUGUGUUUUGGGACAUUGAGAAUAUCGAUGUACCAAAAGGACAUACAGUUGCUUCCAUCGUCAAUCUAAUUAGAUCAGCUAUAAUUAAACCCUUCAAUUUGGAGGAAAUAUUUUUCUUUUGUGUUUGUGAACAUGAAUUACCAUCAUAUAUUGGUCAGUCAUUAACAGCUCUGGAUGUGAAUAUUAUUCAAGCUUAUUAUGGAGACAAGGAUUCAGCUGAUAUUAAAAUAUUGGAUUUGAUACGAAAAUUUGUUAAAUUUUCUGGACAAGAUUGUACAAUUAUAUUUUUGAGUGAUUAUGCUGAUUGUUACAGUACUCUGAGUGAUGAUGAUAAUUAUGACCGCACUUUGAGUGAUCUAAAGAAGCUUCAUAAUGUAUCGAUUCAUUUGAUUAGAUUAGCUAAUAAAACAUGCUCAUCUAACCUGGACCAGAUAGCUGACUACACAUUCAUGUUAAAUGAUGAUGUACUAAAGCCAGUAUUAAAGCCAGUUAAAUCAACUGGUUCACCAAUGUACUUCAUUUCAAUCAAAAACUUUCCUCUAAUAUUCAACAUCAAUCAAUUGAUGGAUCAAUUAAAUACUCAGACCAUUGGAAGUAUAGUAAACAGUGCCAUCCUUUACAGUAAAACAAUUUGUAUCGGAUUUCCUACUUUGUGGAAUGCUGCGCAAGCUGCCGAACAGUUAAAUGGAUCACAGUUUCAUGAACACUCUUUAAAAGUUGAAUUGGUAGUAGACUCGCCUUUAACAGAAAUAUUAAAGUGUAUAAAGCCUAAUGUUGAUAUGCAGGCUAAGAGCAAUGAGGAAGUGAAACAAUUAACAUUCAUCAAGAUGAACAACUCUAAUGGAGCUGAUAUUAUCAAAAUGAUCAAGUUUUGUAUCGCUUGUAAUGUACAAUCAGGCAGUCAAUGUAUUUUGUCAAGUGAAUCUUUUCUUUGGAUUGUCUUCUCAUACGAAUCUGAUGCACAAAAGUUUUUGCCAAAAGUUAAAAUAAUGUAUCCAGAUGCAGUUAUUUCUGAACUACCAACUGAUUUACUAUCAAAAUGUUCCAAAAGCUUAUACACUAUUGAAACAUGUGAAGAAAUUGUUACAAAUGGAGCGCCUACUAGUGUAGCCAGCCUUGAUGUUCGUGAUGAUACUGAUGGGAAUAUAUUCUUUCGAUAUAAUGCUGAUUUUAUUGUUCCUGUGUUAAAUUACGAACCAACCAAAUGGUCACUACUUUAUAAUCUGUUUGAGAAACUAUACGAUUUGGGUGCGAAAAAGGUUAUAUUUGAUGGAAAUUUUUAUUGUGCUCAUUUUGACUCUAUGUCUGCUUAUCAAGAAGCUUUUGGAAGAAUACGCUCACAUUAUUUAGAACCUUUAGAAUUCGUUCCCUCAUCUGAGAUUCCCAGCAAAAAAGAUGUUAAAGAGAAAAUGCAUAAAUAUAAACAUGGUACCCCUUGGUGUUUAAAUGAACAGCUUGACUUAAAUUGUAUUUAUUUGCAAAUUAAAUCUCAUUUGCAUGACCAUUUCAUGGAUAUCGCCAAAAAUAUUCUAGGAAAUCGUGAAUGUAUCUUCAUCAAAUCAAUUACGUCGCGAUGCGGUAAUUAUAAUUACGAUAAAAUUUGGAUUGGUUUUCCUGAUGAAACUAUCCUUGAUAAAUCUAAAGAAAUAGUUCGUGGAUUUUCAGAAGGUCUCAAGCAAUCAAGAGAUAUUUUUGUGUGUAAACCUUCAAAGGAACUUCUGGAGUCAAUCACUUUCCGAGAUUUAGCUGGUGAUGCUUAUGAUUUAGCAUUUCUUUCGAGUCAACUAGAUUUAAAGCCAAUCAAAAGACCAAACAUCAUAGAACGAAUAAGGCUGCAACGAAUGCAAGAACAAGAAUGUAAUGAAACGCUUUUCUACUUUUGUUUGGGUGGACAAUUCUAUGAUCGAGGGGAUUUUAAAUUAUUAUCACUUGAACAAAUCGUUAAAAUUUUUGCAAAACUUAGCAAAGUUAUUCCAUUAGCUGCCAAAGGAUCGCAUGAUCAAAUCACUCUAAUAUAUAAUUCAUGGUAUGAAGCACAUGCUGCUCACCAUUUCAUCGCUAACUUACCAAAAACUGAGAUUCCCUAUUUCCGAAAGUUUGAUGGCACAAGCUCUGUCUCACAGUUAACAGGUUCAUGCACCUCUGAGUAUUAUAUCAUCAACGACAAACGAAAGGUUCUCGAAAAGAUUGUACAAAACAAAAGUCUGGUUGAUAAACUAGAUUCAAAUUCAUCUAAAUUUCAAUCGACGUCAGAUAUUGAUGUAUUAGAUGAAGAAAUGAUAAAGAAACUACAAUAUUCAUUCGUUAUAACAACUGAUUCUGAAUUCAAAUUCACAUCUGGAAUGAUCUCAAUAAUCAAAAUGAAUUUAUUAAGAAUGAACUGUCCAGCUUGCAUUGAAUUUGAAGAUAAGAUUUGGGUUGCUGUUGAUGAUUUAGAGAAAGGAAAAAAAGCAAAAGCUGAAAUUGAAAAGUUCAAGUUCAAGUUAUUACACGAAAAUGAUGAAGAAGAUUUUCAAGUCGGAGUUGUAAUGGAGUCCAUCCAAGAAAGUCCACCAAAAGUUACUAAAAUGUUGGCUAAUAAAUUGAUGAAGCCAAAAACAAGCGUUAAGAAUGUAUACUUGACUUCUGAUGCUUUUCCACUUGGACACUUCAAUUAUAGUUACAGAAAAGCAGUUGGAAUGUCCGCCAGCCGUUAUUAUUGUCUAUUCAAUACAUAAAUCAUAUUAGAAUUAUAUUGAAUAAAGUAAAUUUUGUUUAA